UACAAGUGUAAUAUUUGCAAUGAGGUAUUUAGUAAAUCAUCCUUGCUAAAGCUGCAUUCACUGCAACAUACUGGAGAGCGAGCUUUUAAGUGUCCUUAUCCAGAUUGUGGCUGGUCAUUUACCACAACUUACAAGUUGAAGAGGCACAUUAGGGGACAUACUGGGGAAAAGCCCUUUAUGUGUACUAUCGAUGGAUGCAAUAAACAUUUCACCACUGCGUACAACCUUAAAACUCAUCAGCGUAGCCAUUUUAAAACUAAUACCUUGCAAUGUACCGUGGAUGGAUGUACGGCAUCAUUUCAGACAUUGCAAAAAUUAAAGUCUCACGAACGCAAAUAUCAUUGUAAUGGCUCCAAAGCAUACAAGUGCGAUGUUAAUGGUUGCGGAAAAGAAUUUAAUGGUAUGAACAACUUAACCCUCCACAGUCGCUCGCACAGUAUAACAAAAGUCCAUCCGUGCACUUUCCCUGGAUGUUCCAAGCAAUUCACGAAAGCUUCAAAAUUGUCCAUACAUAUGCGUUCUCACACUGGAGAGCGACCUUUCAAAUGUCCUGAAGAUGGAUGCAACUGGUCAUUUACCAGUCCUUAUAAGUUGAAACGUCACCAACGAAAACAUACUGGUGAACGUCCGUAUGAGUGUACUUACACCGAUUGUCAUAAAGCCUUUACUCGUUCUAGCCAUUUGAAAACGCACAUGUUGGCUCAUACUGGUGAUAAACCUUACAAAUGCUUGGCUACUGGAUGCGACAAAGCAUUUACGGCCAGUAGUAGCUUAAAUGUUCAUAAGCGUAAGCAUACUGGAGAAAAGCCAUAUAGAUGUAAUUCUGAUGGUUGUAUGAAGGCUUACACAACUGGAGCAAAUUUGAGACUACAUCAGAAA